AUGGAGACUAUCCUCGCAGAGUUGCACAUUCUAGGAAAGCUCGCAGUCUUCGAUGAUAUACUUCACGGCUCAGACUGUUGGGAUGCUUAUCAGCAUGGCCGGUAUCUACCUGGAGACAUAGUCGUGAUGUUUUCAAUGGACAGGGCACAGCUGUACAAGAACAAAGCCUCGGACUGCUGGAUUUACAUAUGGAUCUUGGUGAAUCUCGCUCCCAACAAGUGCUACAAGAAGAGAUAUAUGAUGCCCAGAGCUAUAAUUCCUGGUCCCAACAAGCCGAAGAAUAUAGAUUUGUUUAUGUAUCCCGGUCUUCAUCACGUUGCAGCACUGCAGAAAGAAGGCUUCCAAGUUUGGGAUGUCUCUCGAAGAGCAACAAACCCAUCUCACCCAUGGAUUAUUCUUGUAACUGCAGAUGCUGUUGGAGCAUCUCUUCUCUAUAGAGGUGUCAGCCAUCACGGAAAGAAGGGCUGUUGUAAGGGCUGCAAUAAGGUAGGACACAGAAAACCAGGUGGUUCACAUUACUAUUCAGCCUGUCUAAAGCCAGACAACUACAACGAGGAUGGCUGUAAUCACAGCGAUGAUGAACCUGCCAACCUGCCUGUCUGGUCUCCUGAAGAAUAUCAAGAUGACUGCAUUCAGCUCCAGCAGUCCGCAUCUAUUGCAAAGUAUGAACAUCGGUGCCUCAAGACUGGGAUAUCAAGGCCUAGUAUCUUCAGCGGUAUGCCGUCAGAAUGUUGA